AUGCAUGGCCAAGGGCGGCUUGUGCCUCUCUGUGUGCAGCUGGAAGCGAGGAGUGAUCGAGGCGGCAUCCCCUCCGGCUGGCUCCCGGCAGGGCCGGCUUCUUCUUUCCUCGCCUUUGUGGCUCCUCCGAUCUCCGCCCUCCGGCGAGCUGCCGGGGUGGGACCCUCCUGCCUGCCUGCCUGCUGCUACCUGCAGGGCCGGGCCGGGGUGGGGCAGGAUACGGCCUCCUCCGCUGCCGCGCCCUCCGCCAGUGCGCUGCUGGUUGGGCAUCAGCAAGGAGGAGCGCCCGGCGCAGGCACCCAGAGUCCGGCUGAGGGGGCUGGCAAAGGCAACGGAGCCCCGCCGAGAUCAUGGGGCGGCAUGGGGGCCGUUUCCGCGACGGCCUGGGAUGGAGUUGCUCCUGGCAGGCGACAACGCUCCUCCUCGCAGUUGAGCUUUGUUUGCGAAGGAGCCUCCAGCUUGAGUUCCUGGACCUCUGGCAUUCCUGUCACCUUAAACCCAGUGAACCCAGCAGUAGGGGGAAGGGUCACCUUAACACCAUCUCUAGGUGUGGGAUAUAAUUGCAACUGGUACCGAGGGUCUCUAGGAACGAGAAAGCUGAUCAUGGCCAAUGGCUCAUUCCCCUAUAGUACAUGGAUCAAAGGUGAGGCCUACACGGGGCGGGAAACUGUGGGCCAUGACUGCUCUCUCAGCAUCUCGGAUUUAAUGCCAGCGGAUUCUGGAAUAUACACCGUGACAAUGUCCGGAAGUGGGAGAACGUUGUCAGGAGAGGCGAGGCUUUACCUAGAAAUUCUGCCCAGCCCAGUCCUCUGGCCUGCAGAAUGCACCGUGGCAGAGUUCACGGAACUCAUCCUGAACUGUACCACAUCCGAGGUGUUCGUCUCCUGGUUCAAGGAUGGCGAAUUACUCCCACAGUGGACCCAAAUCCUCACUCUGUAUCUAGUCACCAAAGACGACGAGGGGAUCUAUACGUGUGAGGCCAGGAACACUGUCAGCCACGCCAAGAGCAACCCGAGUAUCGUCACCGUCAUCCAGGAUUCUCCCUCUCAAGAAUAUGUGCCUAACCUCAAUAUCACUGGCCCCAAUGAGGGCAUCGAGGGCACAAUCACAGUUCUGAACUGCAUCUCUAAAGUACCUGGUGUUUCCUACUAUUGGUUAAAAGAGAACCGGAGCCCAGAGGUGAAAGGGCGCAUCUUUCUGAGCAACAACAACCAGACCCUCACGUUCAACCCCAUCCUCCGUAGUGACAUAGGUGACUACACCUGCUAUGGAGAUGACCGCAUCUCCAAGGAGAGCGCCACCCACCAACUGGUUGUCCUUUAUGGGCCUGAUCCUCCCAUAAUCAGCCCCUCAACACGAGAUUACGCUGAGGGUUCCAACCUCAGUCUCUCCUGCAAAGCUGAGUCCAACCCACCUGCACAAUACUUAUGGUUUGUUGACGGCAAUCCAAAAGGGAGUGACUCCGAACUCUUGACAAUUAAUCUCUCUUUAAAUGAUGCUGGGAAUUACAUCUGCACGGCUGUCAAUAUUAAGACCAAGCACAACAACUCUGAAAGCUUGGAGAUCCGGGUGCUGCAGGAAGUUUCUGAUGUUACCAUUAAUGGUCCUUCUGAGAGCAUUGAGAACACGUCAGUGAUUCUGACGUGCACCUCUAGAGGCAGUAUGGUCACUUACUACUGGUUUAAAGGGAAGCAGAGCCUGAAGAGUGAAGGGCAUGUGUCUCUUAGCCCCCCUGCUAAUCAAAUCCUCAUCAUGAACCCAGUCAACCGGUCUGAUGCAGGCUUGUACACCUGCCAGGGAGUCAACAGCAUCAGCAAUGACAGCAGUCCUUCCUUCCCACUGGAAGUGUUCUAUGGGCCUGAUGACCCCAUAAUCAGCCCCCCAGACCAAAAUUAUGCGGAAGGCUCCAACCUCAGUCUCUCCUGCAAAGCCACCUCCAACCUGCCUGUAGAAUAUACUUGGCUCUUAAAUGGAACUGAAGAAAUCUUUAAUGAAACUGUCGGAGUCGGAGAUGCCUCCCAGCUCUUGAUCCCUCAUCUGUCUUUAAAAAAUUCUGGGACUUAUAGCUGCCAUGCUUUCAGCAAUAUGACCAACAUCACCAGCUACUCAGACCAGCCAAUCACUGUGUGGGCCGUCAUUUCUGGUUUCUGUAUUAAUGGAGUCCCCGAAAUCCUUUCCAGCCCAGUCCUGUGGCCGGCAACCUCCCUGGUGAUAGAGAACACGAAAGCCACCUUAACCUGCACCACCUCAGACAACACCAGGGUCACCAUCUCCUGGUUCAAGGAGGGUCAACCCCUCGCAGCUAAUGCAGGGAAUAACACCCUCACCUUCGUGAAUACUGCCAAAGACGACACUGGGAUCUACACCUGUGAAGCCAGGAACCCCUUUAGCACUGGCGUGAGCAACCCCAGUAACCUCAUUGUGGCUUAUGGGCCUGAUUCUGCUGUUUUGGAUCAGAAUGGAACCAUAGUGUUGGAACCAGGUUCCCGUUUGCCUCUGGUGUGCACUGCCGACUCCAGCCCUGUGACGCGGUUCCAAUGGUUUUUCAAUCGUAUCCAGCAGAACAUGACAGGGAACCAUUUCACAGUUGACUUAACAGCUGGAGAAGGGGAAGGGAAUUACACCUGCCAGGCUAGCAACCCCUUCACCCGCCUGACUGCCUCAGCAGCUGUCCACGUGAAGUUGGCAAGUCACAAGCCUACGGGUUUGUCGGUGGGAGCCAUUGCUGGCAUCGUCCUCGGGGUCGUGGCUGUGAUGGCAUUGAUUGGGACGCUGCUCUACUUCCUCUUCCGCCCUCGUCAGCAGCAGAGAGACCAGACUUCUCAACCAGGCAUAUCUGCACCGUCACUCUAUGAAGAUAUUGCCUCUUCUAUGGUGGUGAGUAGCCCUGGGUGA